AUGGCUGAUAUUCUUCAGGAAUAUGCUGGGUUAUCAGGGCAGUGUAUUAACUUGGAUAAAUCGGAGCUUUGUGUGGGUAAGAAGAUCUCUAAGGAUGAGGGAAGUCUAAUUGCCACUCCAUUUGGAGUUCAACUAGUGGAUUGUCAUGCACAGUACUUGUGUUUACCCACCUUUGUGAGGAAAAAGAAGAAAGAUAUAUUUGCUUACAUUAAAAAUAAGACAUGGCAAAAGCUUCAAGGGUGGAAAGCCAGUCUUUUUUCACAAACGGGCAGAAAGAUUUUAGUGAAGGCUGUCUUUGAAACCCUUCCUUGUUAUAUCAAAAGUUGUUUUAAGUUACCUAAGAGCCUCAUCAAAGAGUUACAUACUAUGGCUGCUCGUUUUUGGUGGGGUUCUAGUCAAGUUAAGAGGAAACUUCAUUGGGGAAGUUGGGAGAAAAUUUGUUAUCCUAAGGCGAGUGGUCAUAUGGGAUUCAAAAGAUUGGAAGAGUUUAAUAUGGUUAUGUUAGCCAAACAAGGCUGGAAAAUUAUAAGUAGAUUGGCGCCUUUAUUGCCUCGUGUUUUGAAGGAGAGUUAUUUUGUCAACGAAAUUUUUUUUACUGCCAUGACUGGUAGUUUCAGCUCUUAUAUAUGGCACAUCAUUUUAUGGGGGAGAGAGCUAAUUAUGAACGGUAGCAUAUGGCGAAUUCGGUCAUGA